CAGCAGCGAACUUCGUGACCUGCGACAACAGGCAAGCGCAGCAGAAAGAGUAACAGAGACUACAGAGUACAGAGGCCGACGGGAACUCUAUGGCACAACACCCGGUUCAGAAGAACACUCUCUACGUAGGGGGUCUAGCAGAGGAGGUGAAUGAAGCGAUACUACACGCGACAUUCAUACCAUUUGGGGAUAUAAAAGAUGUGAAGACGCCAUUGGAUCAGGCAACGCAGAAGCAUCGAUCGUUUGGAUUCGUGACCUUCCUUGAGAAGGAGGAUGCAGCUGCUGCUAUGGACAACAUGGACAACGCUGAGCUCUACGGAAGAGUACUGACCGUCAAUUACGCCUUGCCCGAGAGGAUCAAGGGUGGUGAACAGGGUUGGGCUGCUCAGCCCAUUUGGGCAGAUGCUGAUACAUGGUUCGAACGUCAGCAACAAGAAGAGGAAAUGCAGCGUUUGCAAGCGGAAAACCGAAAAGCAAUGGAAGCUGCAGAGGAGUUGCACAGAAAGAAACUGGCUGAGGAGAGAGAUGGGGAAACGGAAGAGCCAACUGAAACCAAGACUGAUCCCAUGGCCAUGGCAGAAGCAGAGGUUUUGAAACAGAAUAGUCAGUGAUGUUGAAGAGAACAGUCAAUUGUGGAAUAACACAGUUACCAGAUUUACGAUUUUUGUUGUCCAUCUAACUGCCGUUACAAUUAGAACACUAGCUGUGGAUGUAACUGUAUAUUAAAGCAACAGUUGAGUAUGUUUCUGCAGACUUAUACUGCACAAUUCUUCGUGAAUGUGAGUGAAAGGGAUGCUUUUACAUGAAA